AUUGAUCUCUACGUUCCUUUCAUGACAAUGUUGCAGUUCAUAUUCUUUCUUGGUUGGAUGAAGGUAGCUGAAGCGCUAUUGAAUCCUCUCGGAGAAGAUGACGAUGACUUUGAAUGCAAUUUCUUGAUAGAUAAGAAUAUUGCGGUAACCGUUCGCUAA